UGGAUUGAUUAACUAGUACUGCAGGACAUGCAUGCGUUCUGUGUUCUAUUCAGAAUAAUUCCAAACGAACUAUAACAAACAACGCUAUCAUUCGAAUUCGCUCAAACAUCAACACGCACAAAAUUAUAGCAACCCAAACCUGUGUGUUGAGUGCGAGGAAUUAGGUUGCUGUACUCUAACGCACUGGUAGAGUUAGAGUCUUCAGAAGGUUGAGAGAAGUACAUUGACACAAUGGACAUUGUUGAGAGAAUCCGUGAGUCCGUCAACAAGAGUCGGGAGUCCAUCGACGGUAGUCGGGAGACCAUCGGAAGUAAUCGGGAGUCCAUCGGGAGUAAUCGGGAGACGCGAGAGCCCGGAAGGCGGGAAUCUGUCGGCGGAAAGCGGGAAUCUGUCGGCGGCGGGAGGCGGGAAUCUGUCGGUGGCGGGAGGCGGGAAUCUGUCGGCGGGAGGCGGGAAUCUGUCGGCGGGAGGCGGGAAUCUCUCGGCGGGAGGAGGGAAUCUCUCGGCGGGAGGAGGGAAUCUCUCGGCGGGAGGAGGGAAUCUCUCGGCGGGAGGAGGGAAUCUAACGCCGGGAGACAACAGCCCAUGAGCCGGCAACGACGACAAUCUAUACAGCUCGCGCAAGAUGAAGUUGCUCAUGAGCUUCUUCGUCUGAGAACGCGUGUGUGGCAUGGUCACCGACGCAAAACACAGGCGUUAAUUCGAGAGGAGACGCCAUCUCCAGUGAAAGAAGUCCAAAGCAUGGUAGAAAAGUUUGCCAUGGCUGCGCGUGUAGUGCGCAGACUCUGCCAGGUGGCCAUGUGCAUGAAGAAGUACGCAGAGGACCAUCUUGGCAAAGUGUUCGAGGGACUGUCUAAGCCCCAGCGCUCACCCCUGAAGGAACAGGGAGGCGUUUUCUCAUUUGAUGCUACCUUCUUCAAGACAGACUUUGAGCACCUUUUCCCAGACUCGGCCAAGAAGGUAGCAGAGAAACUCCCGUACGAGAGAACACCGGCGGACCUCAGGCUGAUGGUGGCUGUACUGCGCAGUCUCAGUAGCUUCAGGAAGUACCCAAGAAACAUUCAGGAUAUGCUCUCUAGAGUUGUGAGAUACCAGAGUUUGGGGAUGAACCGAGUGGUGAUUAAGAAGGGCCAUCCCGGCACGGCGUUCUACAUGGUGUUCUCAGGACGGGUGGGCGUGGUCACCACAGACGACCCGGACGAGCUGAUGCAACGGGCCAGCAUGGUGGUGCUCAGGAAGGGCGACAUUUUUGGGGAGAUGGCUAUGAUCACAGGAGCCUCGCGGAACGCCACCGUGCAGACCCUGGAGCAGACAGAACUGGUGGUGGUGGACAGCUACAACCUGCGGGACAGUGACAUGCAUGCCCUCCUCAAGCGGGACUUCAAGGCCAAAUACGACUUUCUCAGAAAACUCGAUCUGUUCUCUCCGUGGGGAGACGAGCCUAUGGAGAAGUUAGCCUCGCUAUCUAAAACGGAGACGAUGCCGCAUGGUAACGUGGUGGUCACCGACAUGGGAGAGGAGCCCAUCAUAGUCUUCAUUACUAAGGGUCACUGUGAUGUCAUAAAACUAGUCGACAUCUCCCAAGCGACGAUGGACAUGGAAGACGGAGGAUCAAAUAUGUCCGAGAGAUUUUCCUCACACCUGUCAGCAAAAACACUGUCAUCCCAUCAUCACAUCUUACCGCCUAUCACACAAGAGACUGUUUCUGACCAACACUUGGGUAGUUCGGUGGAGAAUGUUGUCGGUGAGAAGAAAGAAGAGGUUCAUCGCGCGAGGAGCAAAAGUGUUGAUGUUAGGGUGAGGUUUACCGAUCCAAGGAGAACAAUAGAGCCAAAACAACUCCUGUCGUUCAGUGACAUCCCCAUGCCUGCUGAAAUCGCGAAAAUCGAAAGUGGUGAUCAUAUAGACGAGCGUUCCCGCGCCCGAGCAAAAAAGAAGUACACAGGGCGUAUCAGCCACUGCGCCCAGCGGGUCGGCACCUUUAUGACUCUGGGUAAACUUGGACCUGGGAAAGCUUUUGGAUUGGCCCAUGUGUCCAAGGCCCCCAUCCCGCCACACCUGAGCCUGGUGAGCCGGGGCGCCAGCAUCCUGCAUUUCACACUGCGGGACUUCAGGGCCGUGUCUGAGGGACAACCGGCUUUGCAGGGACUCCACUCGGAAAUGGUGGAAGUUCCACCAGACAAUGUGCUAUGUGAAAAGUUCUUCCAAGAGAGCCAAUGGGAGAGCUACAAGAGACGUGUGGUGGAACAAACCAUGGUGGACAUUCACCGGCCAAAGGACGGACUGGGCCUGCGCAACUAUGACGUCAUUGAUACCUACCCCAUGUCUGAAGACAUACUUGUCAUCGAUAUAGGGAGCAGUACACUGUCAUUCCUGCAAGGGUGGACAGGGGGCGCAGUUCUACCACGUCAUCAGCAGACACCUGCAUCACGGGCGGCACAACAAAGGCUGGGAAGCGAGUACAUUGCUCGACCCAUCUUCGCUAAAGACAACAGGGGUAGCCUGAGACUGAUAGAUAUGAUCGAGGACCGUACGCGGAAUCCAAGUCGGAACCAGUACGGUCUGAAGUGCCACCAUCUUCCACAAGACAGUAGGUGACACCUGCCAGUAGGAUGGAACACUCGUACACACAUGACGAAAGACAUAUACGCUUGUCUCCAAACAGGAUGUUUAUUAAUAAAAUCAUUGAGAAAUGCUGUAA